AUGGUACAUGGUACAUCAGUCACGUGGAGAACUUCCGCGACUACGUGCUACCAAGUGAUAAGACGACCGAGAGAACAGCUAAACCGUGUCAACGACCAAUUUGCCGAGGACUCCGGCAGAGGGAAACGUGGGAGGUUUUUCGCUACCAGUGUGGAGGGAAGAAAUCGAUCCAGAAAACAGCAUGUCACAAUAUCGCCGAACAAACAUCAGGACGUCAAUGACAGCGGACACGUGACAAAAAUCGAGGUGGAGCUGGAGGAGGCUCCAGACGAUGUCGUCCUCAUCGGUUCGAUACCAUCGGAAUUGGAUGUCAUCUCCGAAAUCAAUUCCACUUACCCUGAUGGCAUUCCACCGCCAGGAACGGUCGUGGUCAGAGCUGAGGAGGCUCUGAUCGUUAUUUUGGUCCUCCUCCUAUGGGCAGCGGCGAUCGCUCUGUUCUUCAAUCGAUGGGGAAAGAUCAGAAUGUUGGAACCGUAUCAACCAAAGUUCCAGCAACAGCACAGACCGAGUUGCACCACGAUCGAGCCGAAUCAACUUCAGACGCGGCGCACGUACUCGAAAUGUAACGUUCUCUGCGGGGACGAGUUGGCCUGCGUGACGGGUCACGCACGUCCGCGGCAAAACAGCGUCUUCAUCGGGUCCAGCGCUUCCUUGCUACCAGCCAGCCAGAGGACUCCCCGUCGCACGAAGAGCGCGUUCGAUCUGCAGUCCUUGUUCAUUCCCGAGACCGUCCCUCAAGAUAACAGCGAUCCAGACGCGUCGAGGAACCUCAAACCAGCCAGCGAGUCCACGAAACUGUUGCCUUGCGAUCGCAGGACCAGCGUCUGCCAAUCGGAGAGGAACGACGCGUUCAAGUCCUCGCCGCGCGACAGAGGGAUGAGCAUUUGUUACUACGACGCUCCGCAGAAAUCGUGGCACCGCGACCGCGGCAUGAGCAUUUGUCAAUUCGAUAGAACGGACGUGCUCGCUCGGCCACUGCAGAGAGAUCGAGGCGGGAGCAUUUGCCACUUUGACAGGAUGGAUGUCCUCGCCAGGCCUCUGCAGCGGGAUCGCACGGGUAGCGCUUACCACUUUGACAGAACCGAUGUUCUUGCCAGACCGAGUCUAUCCACGGCGAAGUCUCUGUUGAGGGAGAGACGCGUCAGCAUCUGUAAUUUCUCGGAGAAAGACGAGUUGACUACGCGGUCCGCUCAGGUCGUCAGGCGUUCCAGCUUCUGUAACAUCGAUAAGAUUGAGAAGGAUAAGUCCGCGAUGGACCAGCAGGAGCAGCAGGGAGUGUUCGCCAAGUGCGCACAGAAGGAGAAGAAACUCGCGAGUUACCAUUUCGAUCAGCCUUGUUGCAGCAAAACCUCGGACGUUGUGUUUGGGUACAAGGCUACUUGCGUGUAAAACGAAUUUUUUAAUUGAGAUUACUCCACUAACGGUGAGGCUCGCUACUGGCUAAGAUUGCUCAGAGGAAGAGGAAGCAACUGGAACGGGUACUAGGUAAACAAGUAUUUCAACAUCGAUAGCGUUAACGAGAUUGAGAAGGAUAAAGUUUGAAUAAAUGAAAGAUGGAAAUAACAUUCGAUAAGUGCAAGCUCUCAGAAGAGAAAAAGAAUAUAAUUUUAUUGAAUAAAUCAAAUGCUUCUCGUACUAUUUUAUUUUAAUUAAGAAUUAAAAUUAAAAACUUUCGUGUUAUUAGUUUCUAUUAUCAAAAAUAUCGUGUCUUAAAGUGAAAUCUACAAAAGCUUCCGAAAAAUAAGAAUAAUUUUUUUGUUCAACGAACACAAUUUUUCUUGCAAUAUUUUACAUUAAUUAUAAAUGUGAAGUAAGAAGUUUCCCCUCGUCAGAAAUUUUGUUUGAUCGCGGCGAAGUCUAUGAAACAUUAGAUUAAUCCAUAAACACCGUUUGAUUGGAAAAGCAAAUACUCGUUACGAAUAUCGUAAUAGCUCCGUGUUCAAUUUGGAAUUUAAUACGUCGGCAUCCAAGGUAUCGCUAAUUAUCGUAAACUGCGUAGCGCAAUACGCUUGAUACUGGCGCAUGGAUUGCUACAUACGCAUUCGAAUCGAUAAAGGUAAAGGUAAAGCGAUGGGUCAUACACCAUGACUAUUUGAAAAGUAUCGAUGACCCAUAGCGUUCAUUCGAGAGUUUUCAACAUUGAUAUAUUCUCAUCUUAAAGCUACUUAUAAUACAAAUUUUCCAAAAGGGGCUUCAAGAUUUUUAAGAAAACACAAAUUUCGUGGAACAUAAUACGAUUUUCGAUUCGAAAGGAAAAUUGAAGAAGCAGUUAAAGGUCUUUUUAUAUUUUCAACAGGUGUGUGUUUUCUUAUUAAAAAAAUAUAUAUAAUCCCAAAGCCCUGUUUGGAAAAUCCUUUACUUGUAAAGAACGUUUAAGAUGACGGUAUCAAGAGACAGAAUAUUACACUAAUAUCUUUGAAAGUAAUACUCUCGGUUUGCUGGUAAAUGUAACUAGAGGAAGCGGAUAAAGUUGAACGAGAUUGGUUUGCGCUAACAUGGAGGAGUAGGCCAAUAUUAUGGGACGUGUUGAAAUAUUCGCAUAGCUCGUGCCAAAACCAAUAGAAAUGUUCUGUACCACUUUGCAGACUGAGUAUUCGUUUCCGACAUACAGGCAAUUAAAGUUUCAGGGUACGACUUCCGGCUCGCACAAUUCACAUGUCGGGAGGCUUAGUACGCAGCCAUGCAAGCACUCACGUCCUCGUCAUUCCAUUGUUAACCGUUUCAGGAUCGAAUUACUUUGUCUCAAUUGAUACACGAGUGAUUUCUGUAUGUAAUUAUUUAUUCGAAACAAAAUAAUUGUAGCGUAUUAUGUUAUUGACCAACUUAAUUGUGAGCAUUUAUUCGCAAUUUUAAUUGUCACUUUUGUGUUGCAAUUAUUCAAAUGUUUUUUCUUAUAGAUACAGACUGAAAUACCACAAGUUAAAAUAAUUGCAUUGAUAAAAUGUGAUAUCAAAUACAAUAUUGUAAUUGUGUUGGGGCCCCAUCUUACAGAUGGGACCUGUAAACAAAUGAUGCAAACUAUUUUUCCAGGAAUUGUAUCGCGGUAAUUGUAUUGCGGUAACUUGAGGAACAAAAAUAUAUUUAACGUAUCACUACUGCGGACUUGUGCUGUUAACUGUUAGACGUUAAUUAGACGUUAGACGUUCUAUCAAAAACGACGUUGAUGAAAAUUCAUUGAAAGCUAGCUAGUUGUUCGACAACUGGCCAAAGAAAGUCGAAAAUGAUUUGAGAUAGUUAGAUUCUUAAAGAUGCGAAAUGCUUCACGUUAAUGGCGUUUGUACUUGUUACAGUCGGUUUUUACGAGGUCACAUUAAACGUCGCAUAAGGAACCCAUUCUAAUUUGCAUGCUAACUGCGUUUUUUUUUUUUUUUUUUUGUUCAACAAGGGAAGAUAUCUGAAUCCCUAAGCGCUGCGGUACAUUAAGUGCCAGAGAGGAAACGGAAGUUUUUCAAACGGAGAUUUAUUGCGCGGUGAUCUAUGAAUUAUUUUUCAAUACAUUUAUGUGCGUUCUUUUUACGAUUCUUUAUAAUGAAAAGUUUCCUACAAGGAAAUUUAGCAUUUUGUAUUUUAAUAAAACAAAUUAUAAAGAGGAGAAGUAAACUAAUUCACAGAUCAAGUUAUUUCUUCUUUACAAAGAUCGUCCCCCAAAGAUUGCUGUAAAAGUAUUGAUAAUUAAUCGAGUGACUCUGGAUGGAAGUUUGAAAUAAAAAGACCAAAUUAACUAGCUUGGCAGUUUAGUGUUAAAUAUCGAAAUUACGAUGCUCCUUUUGGAAUAACCACUAUUUUGAAAUGAAUAGCUUUAUGAAUACCGAGUCAAUUGCACUUCACGUUGAAAGCUUUGAUGCAAGCAGAUGAUGUACAGAGUAGUAAUACUCGAGCAUAGCCAGCCCAGUUUAUUCUUAGGACGAUUGGCAUUCGAGUGCAACGGCCUUACAAGAUGCUAUCGAUCUAAAAUUAGUGGCUUCCAAAAUGAAAGUACACGAUCCUCGAUUAAUCACGAAAGCGGUACGCAAACGUCAUUAUGGAAAUUGAUUGCAUAAACAUGAACUUUUUAAACGAUUACUGAACCGAAUAUUACUGUUAUACUGACCGAAUUACCAUGUUGCAAUAUAUUCAUUUCUACUCCAAAAUUAUAUCUGCAACCGAUUUUCUACUUUUCUUGGCUUUGCCAAAAUAAAGUUUUUACAAUGUUAAUUGACUAAAAUACCAAUUGCUUGGUUAUUUAAUCACUAACUGCAUAGAAUAUUCCAAAUUGAUUUUUUUUUUUUGUUGUAAUUGGGAAUAAAUCCUAAUUACGUUUAUGUAUUAUUCGUACGAAUUCUCUUCUCGAUUUAAUUAAACCUUAAUUAAGCGCAUCGAAAGCAGUUUACCGGGAAUCAGAAGCAAUAUGUUAAUUACGAAAAUACCAAUGCAUAUUUUAUAAUAGCAUGGAACUUUAUACGAUGGAACAUGAAACGUUCGUUUCAAUAUUUGAAAUGAUUUUCUCCAUUUACUGUGAAAAUGUAUACUGCCAUUUGGUUUAGUUUUCUAUAAAAUGUUUACCGUUUAUAUCAACAUUGCCGUUAUCAUUUGAUGGCCAGAUAGACAGCUAUUAUCGAAAGAUGGUCUUUUCACGUGGAAACCAUAAGCAGUCGGUAACCAUUUUCCCUCGAUACGUCGUUCUGGAGGUAGAAAUGACAGUCGUGGAAUUAAUUCAGCCUCGCGGUAAAGUAAAAUAAAGAAAAAAGUCAUUUAUCGAUUCUCGAACGCUGUUUCAACGACCGAAAGAACGGAAACACAAAAGUAGCGAACACACGGCGUAUUGGAAUCCGUUAUACAAGGACGUGACAGUUUUCUAGACAACAAAAAAAAAAAAACCGAUAUAAACUAAAGGACUAAAAUGAACUCUCACCAAUAAUCACGUCGUUUUUGAUUGAAUACAUCGAGCAUACUUCGAAUACAGCAAAGUCCCAUUGUUAAGAGUAUCCAAUCCUCUACCUCUAUCGUUAAUCUUUCUCGACUAUUCUACUCUUUACUAUGAUAGAUCCAAGUAUAGUCCAGUUUUCCAAUUAUCUCUCUCCAACGUCUUCACUUUGUUAGGGUUACAUCAGGUAGAUACUACUCUAUUCCUCCAAUAGGACCAGUAAUUUCUCUAGCAUAGAUUUUCAUAGACGUAAGAACAAGUUUCGGAUCAAGUACGAUACGAUACAUCAUUGUAAUACUUAACCCUUUCGACCCUAGCGAUACGUCAUACGUCCCAGUAAUUUCGAAAGAAGAUUUUCAUUGGAGUUUUCUAAUGCUACACGACCGCAAUAAAAAUUGUAUCUCUUCAGAAGAAAUGUAUUUAAAUUUAUAAUUAUUACCAUACAGAAGGAGUUUCGGAAUAAACUGUGUAUAUUUGGUUACCGUUAAUCAGAUUACAAGAGUCACAGGAACAUACGUUAAAAAAUGAACAUCAUUUGCGAUGGGACAUUUAUACAGAUGGGGUAUUCUCUAAUUAAUUGGAUUAAUCCAUAAAUUAUUAAUUAAUCCCCUCAGGGGCUGUAGCUAUGUUUGAUUAUAGCUACAGUACGGGUUUAGCAAUCCCGAGGUGCCCGAGCUAUGAUAUAAAGAAAUUAAUAACAAAAAUUAUAACGAAUUAGUAACGAAAGAAACGAAUGAAUAUUGAGAAAACCACAGUUUAAUACCAUUGAUUUCUAAAAAAGAAACGAAUAGAAUUCGAAUAGAAAACAGCUUGGUCGAAAGGGUUAAGGUUCGUCAAGAAACUCGCGUUGCUUGAUUCCUUCAAGUGAUGCCAUCGGUGUCGAACAACGGAUCGACACUUAAAAUGAGAAAAGAAAAAUAAUGCAUGCUCAGGGAUUAUAUCGAGAGUUUGUUCGUCGAGGCUGUAAUAGCACCGUUGUAUGUUAUUAUGAUCGUUACCUUCUUCGAAUACUAAACAUUUAUAGGCAAACUUACGACCGUCUGUAUAAAUAUAGAAUACUACAUAUUU